AUGGACUUCGGUGGACCGUUCCGCAUGGAGAUUUCAUGGCGGCCUCUAAGCGCGCUAUGGAACCACCCCGCCGGACCUAAAACCAUUCACUUUUGGGCCCCAACAUGUAAAUGGAUUAUCAGCAUAGCAUAUGUGGCUGACUUCUCAAAACCGCCUGAAAUUAUCUCUUAUCCUCAGCAAAUAGCUGUUACUUGCACUGGACUUAUCUGGUCACGCUACAGCUUAGUAAUUAAACCGAAAAAUUGGAAUCUUUUUACUGUAAAUGUUGCAAUGGCUGCUAUAGGCAUUUACCAAAUUGCACGCAAAGUUCAGUAA